AGUGAGUGCCUGCCAAGGCUGAGCGCAGUGACUGUGUCAGUUCUGCCAGUGACUCAGGCGGCGCUGCACCUGCACCUGCUCCCCGGGACAGACAGAGACAGAAAAAAAACUGACGUCUGGUGUGUGGACCCUAAACCUUAUUACUUGAGGACAAUGGGGACCACUGUAGUCUGCUUGCGUUACUUGGAAACACAGUGACUGCAUUUGGGAAAGUGGAUGGAAAUUAUCCUUCAUUAUUUAUGGACAGCAACUAAAUGGAGAAGAUGAAGCAGCCAAAUUUCCACAUGUUCAGCACAUACUAACCUUGUUUUUCAAAGAAAUGUUAUAUUCUGCUUCUGACUUAACGCAGAAAACACUCUAUGGUUAACGUUUACCAGCUAGAUUUGAAGUAGUAGUUACUGUUUUUGCUUACAAUGAAGAACAGCUCAGGCACAAUGCUGGACCUCAGCUUCCUAACAGAGGAGGAGUAUGACAAGCUGAUGAAAGUCCUGCAGAGAGAUGCUGACCUACAGAAGAAGGACAGCGACCGUAUCAGACGUCUUCAGGGAUCACUCAAAGAUGAAAAGAAGAAAAAAUAUGUGACCGGAGAGUGGUUCCAAGAUGUGAAGUCUCGUCGUUUCCAGGAGGACUUACAGGGCUCUGAUCUACUUAGGGCAUCAAUUCGGAAGAAAAGGAAUCCAGCUCAUCGUACAACAAACGGAAGAGGAGAUGGGAUGACAGAAGAGCUCUGGAACAUGCCUACAUGUGUAGAACCUGUGAAUCAGGGAAUAUCAAGUGCCAUUGGAGGUAAUAAUGAUGCAGCUGUAAGUGUGCCUUCGCUUCAGAUAGAUGCAUCAUUUGAGUCUGAAUCAUCCAGACCGUGUGUCACAGAAAAGAGACGAAGCAGCAAUGACACUAAAUCAUCAGAUUUUUCAAAUGAUGUAAGACUUCCCUCAUCUUCUGAGACACAGAGCCCACCUGAACGAGUGGGAAAAGGAACACAUUUGCAAGAUCGAGGUGAGUGGAUGCUUCAGAAUACAACACCAAAACAUCUUCCACUAGCCAAAAAAACAUCUGUUCCAGAAAGCAGUGCAAAAGAAGACAGUAGCAGUCCAAGUAAGAUACCAGUCAAAAGAAAAACAAGUAAGGAAGCGUUUAAGCCCAAGAGUUCAUCACGUUUGGAUCAACCAAAUGUAACUGAAAAGAAUGUUGAAGCAUCUGGACAGUCAGGAUUAUCCUCUCCAGAAUUGGCUACAAAUAUUAAAACAAAUGCAAAUUUUGAAGUGUAUGCGCUGAAAGACUUGCAAGCAGAGCAAGAGCCCAUGCUAGACAAAGGCCAGUUUAAUUCACUAAAGAAAUUUUGGGAGAAAGGAGCAGCGGUUUCUGGACAAGAAGUGGUAGAUACAUGGAAUUCACAAGAAGCACCAGCAAAGCCAAAUCACUCAGUGCCUGUCCAGACCAACACAAAGAAUAGUGAGGAGAGACCUCCUGCUGAGUAUGCACAUAGAAUAAAGCAUUUCCCACAAAGAGCACCUGUUGUAUCCUCCAGUGAAGAUGAAAUGGUCCAUGUUGCUCCACCCCGAAAAAUAUCAUCUUCUUCAAUACCAAGGUCAACUUAUGCCAAAGGCAAGAGUGCCUCUCUUUCUAAAAGUGUCUCUGUAUCAGAAAGCAAUGGGACAAGCUCUCACAGUGAGGACAAUAGUGGAACAAGUCGCUCUUCUAAGAAGUCAAAGCUUCCAAUUAGAGCUGCCCCAGGUAUCAAGGAAGCAAAGGUGGAUCCUACUUCCCCUAAGGACAAACUACCAAAAAUCUCUGAGCCAGAGAUGCCAGACUCUGUGGAGGAAAUCAUUGUACCAGAAAGCAAACCAGAAGUACAGGAGUCGCUGUAUAGCAAGGUUCAGAUUUUGAUUGAUACAGUCUCGUCUGAUGAAGAUCAUGUCAGUACAGAUGCUAAGCACGACAGUGGAGAUAUGAUGGGACGUUCACCACUGGAUACUGAAAAUGGCAGGAGUGUUGAUGAUUAUCCUGAAGCCAUUGCUGCAUACAAAGCCAGCGGUGUUAGUAACGCAAGAAGCAUGGUGAAUAUUUAUACCACAACGGAAACAUAUAACAAACCAAACACGUUAAGUCACCAGCUCCUGGAGCCAGAGCGAGCUAAAGAGCUGAGCAGAUCCUCUCCAGCCCUGCACUCAGAGACUGAAUCUGACACUGCAUCUGAAAUCAGCUUCAAGCUCAAGAGACAUAGAAAGACCCUUAGCAGUGGCAGCAAUUCCUCAGAUAUGGCAUCGGUGUCUUCUAUCAGUAAUAGUGUCCUCAGCGUGUACAGCGGCGACUUUGGCAGUGUGGAUGCACAGGGAAUGGUACAAUUCUCUCUGGACUAUGAUGAGAAGAACCGGGAGUUCCACAUACACGUGGCUCAGUGCAAGGACCUGGCAGUUGUGGAUGAGAAGAAAGGACGAUCAGACCCGUAUGUGAAGACUUACCUUCUCCCAGAUAAAGCAAGGAUGGGAAAGAGGAAAACGUCAGUCAAAAGAAAGACAACCAAUCCAAUUUACAAUGAGGUGUUACGGUACAAAAUAGAAAAAAUGGUUUUGCUGAUCCAGAAACUGAACCUUUCGGUGUGGCACAAUGACCCUCUCGGCAGAAACAGCUUUCUCGGAGAAAUGGAGAUUGAUCUGACCAGCUGGGAUUGGAGCAACAAAAAGCCCAACUGGUACACCUUAAAGCCACGGAGUCUCUCUGCUAUGAAUGGUGUGGAUCAUCUUGGUGUUAUGAACCUGUCAGUGAAAUACAUCCCGCCAGGAAAUCUUGGUCCAAAACAACCAAGCUCUGGCGAGGUCCAUAUUUGGGUAAAGGACACUAAAGACUUACCACAGCUUCGUCCUUCUGGGGUAGACUCAUUUGUUAAAUGCUAUGUGUUACCUGACACCAGCAAGAAGAGCUACCAGAAGACACGUGUCAUUAAGAAGGAUUCAAACCCAGUGUUCAAUCACACCAUUGUCUAUGAUGGCUUCCACACAGAAGACCUGAAAGAUGCAUGUGUUGAGUUAACAGUUUGGGAUCAUGAAAAACUCAGCAAUCAUUUCCUUGGGGGAAUCAGGCUCGGCCUUGGUACAGGUUACAGUUACGGGAUUGCUGUGGAUUGGAUGGACUCUACACAGGAAGAAGUAGCCUUUUGGCAAGAAAUGGUGAUGACUCCAAGUGAAUGGAUUGAAGGAUCACUUCCCCUAAGAUCCUUGGCAGGGAGAAGGAAAUUUAAAUAAGCUUGUUCAUCCAGAAUCAAUAUGACUGUAUCUUAAAAUAUACAACAGUAUAUUUUUUCAAUGGGAAGGGUACUGUUUUUUUCCCUGUUUUAUUUUUAAACCUACUUUAUUAGUUGAGUGUAGACUGUAUAAAAAGAAGACACUGGAAAUUUGUGUUUCUUUGGUACACGUCUAUUGGUUUUCUCAUUUGCUGGACAGUCUGUCUUGUGUGGAAGGGGUUCUUAUUUUAAAUAAUGACCUGCACACAGGUUGUUACUUGAUGCUAAAGCACUUUAUUUAAAAUGUACAUCAAAAACAUCCAUGAAUCUCUCUUGGCUGUAAUAAUCUAGAAGAACAUCUAUUUUAUUGAUAUUCUCAAGAAGAAAAAGGAUAUAAGCCGUUAUUUUCUGUUACAUAUUGUGUCUGGAUGACCUCCUAAAAAAAAACUAAAAAAACAUUUUUAUAACAUUCAUGUUACUAAAGUCAUGAUGUAUUGGUAGAAAAUUAUGUGGAUGAAGACGGCAAAGGAUUGCACUCUCGGAUAAAACAAUAUAGUAAAACCAUAAGGCCUGCUUAUCAGUCUUAAUGACAAAUAAUACAUUGAGAGCCAAAUAGAUUUUACAAAUGUUCUAAUCACUGCCUUUGAUUUACAGGAAGAGAAGGGAACAGGUGUGGGUACCUUUAAUAGAAUACAUGGUACAUUAUUUUAUGUUCUGUUGUUUCAAGAUAUAUAUAUUUUUACCUCUGAAAAAUACAAUCUACAAUUCUAGAGUGAUUCAGUGUUGCGCUAAACAUUGUGAAAUAGGGCAACAAAAUAAAAUAAUUGUACUUGCGUGUUUUUUUUA